AUGGAUAUCAAAAACUUAAUUGAAAACCUCAACAUAGACCUCACUUGUUCCAUCUGCCUGGAUUACUUUAUUGACCCAGUGAUUGUCAAGUGUAGCCAUAGCUUUUGCAGGGAAUGUCUUCUCCAGUGCAUGUGGAGAGGUAGUGACACAUUACCCUGCCCAGAAUGCAGACAACUCAUCCAAAUCAGCAAUUUGGUGCCCAGCCUAAAUCUGCAGAAGCUUUCUAUGGUUGGAAAAACAAUUGGUCCUCAUUUGCUUCAGCCCACACAGGUGGUCUUGGCCACCUGCGAUCAACAUUGGGAAAAAGCAAAGUUCUUCUGUGAGGAAGACCAAAAACUUAUCUGUGAGUCUUGUUCAAUAACUCAACUACACAAGGAUCACCGAAUUCUUCCCCUGGACAGUGCUAUUGCUGAAAGCAAGGAGAUUGUUUAUGCUCUUAAAGAAUCAAUUAUAAAUGAAAAUGAGAAAAUGCACCAGUUAUUAUGGGAUGAAGAAGCUCUAUAUCUACAAAUACUAGAUGAGGAAUCCAAAGACAACCUGGAAGAAAUUGAGGAAAAGAAGACUAAACUGACCCAACAAAUCCAGAAUCUGCAGCAAAUGAUGUUAGAAAUAGAGAAGAGAUUAGACAGGAAUCCCUUGGAAAUGCUCCAGGAUAUGAAAGACCCCUUGGCAAGGAAUGAGGAGCUACUAAGCCAAAACCCAGAAGUUUCUUACCCUAUCUGGAGCAUCUGCUACAUCAUUGGCUUGCAAGAAAUGCUCAUGAGCUUCCAGAGGAAUAUAACUUUAGAUCCUGAUACAGCCAAACCUCAUCUUAUCCUGAAUGAAGAAUUGAAUAGUAUCAAGUAUACAAGUGUCCCCAAAGAUCUGCCUGACAAUGAAGAAAGAUUUGACUGUUGUCUUAUUGUACUUGGGACUCAGACUUUUACUUCAGGAAAACACUAUUGGGAAGUGAAGGUGGGAGAUAAGACAGAAUGGAUAGUGGGCAUCUGUGAAAAUUCAGUCAGCAGAAAGGAGUCACACUCCCUAUUAUCAAAGGAUGUAAGAACCUUAAUGGGCUUCACAUCUGAAAAAGAUUUCUUUCUCUGGAAUUCACAAUGUGGUUUUUAUGAGAGUGAGCCUAUCCAUGUGGUAGGUAUUUUUAUUGAUUAUGAAAAGGGACAUAUAGCAUUUUAUAAUUCUAUAGAGGAAUCCCUCAUCUGCAGUCCCCCAAACAUAGCAUUUCAAGGACCUAUUUGCCCUUACUUUUCUUCUUGCUAUCCUACUGAAAAUAGUAAUUCUAGUUCUAUCAUUAUUUGCUCUGAGAGUAAGUCUGAUGAUGAAAAUUACUAUGAGUAUGCUCUCAAUGACCAGGGAUUAAAAACAUGA